AUGGUCUCCGCAAGCCUCAUUACCAUCUUUCUGGCCACGGUAGUAAGUGCCGCACCGUACGGAACACACAAGACAACCGUAUCUUCCUUUGCCAAUCGCAACACGACCACGCCUUCCCUCAACGUGCGCAACUCGAACAGCACCAAAUGGACUCGAGACCUCAAAAAUGAUGAAGUCGUGCUGUAUCGCGAUGGCAAGAUGGAGGUACUCCAUGAGAGUGAUUGGCAUUCUCUCCUCUCAAAAGAAGGAAUCUCCCCCGUCACUCCCAAGUUGGACCAGGCUUGGCUUGAAGACGCUGCUCAUCUCGCACCUGUUGCCUUCAACGAAACCUCGGACUCCAACCUUCACACGCGCGACUGCUCUAGCACCUUUUCUAUUGUAGAAGAUAAGUCUGAGCGUUUCGUGGACUGGGAUGUGCAGAUGUCUCCUGUAGUCAUUGGUUUUGGUCAAGGCAUACACGUCUCUGUUGCUUCGUCCUACUCCGUUGCAAACGCUGUGAGCGUUAGUGCCGGUCUUGAUGCUGCGGCUUUUGAGAAGAAACUCACCGCCAAAUUCAGCGUCAGCUAUACUAGAACCUGGACGACUACAGCUACACAAACCGUACGCGGUCUGAUUGAGGAAGGUUGGGUUGGUACCGUCAUUACCAAGCCGUGGAAAACUCGUCGUUAUGGCCGCGCUUUCCAGGGUUGCCCCGGCUCUCUGAAACAGACCGGCACCUGGAUUGCAGACUCUUAUGAGGAAGGCUCUUACGAGGGUGUCAAGUGGGUUGCUGGUGCUAUUACUGUCUGUGCAAAGAAACAGGAAGGCAUCCCGCUCUCCCGCUGCAACGGCGAAGGCGAUUUCAAAUAA